GAAGCGGUCUUGGGUGGAGAGAGUAGAAAAGGCCAAAAACCCAUCAUUCCGUCUUCCUCGUCUUCUCUCUAUAGCUACCCUCUAAAACCACCGCUUCAGCUUCCCGAAUCACAUUUAUAUAUAUAUAUCUAACGAUCAACCAUUAUUCUCGUCUGCUUGUGAUUAUAAUUCUGUUAAAUGGGUCUUCACUGAUAACUCUCAUUUCUCGAUUUUACCCAAUCUUCUUUGGUUUUAGUUUCUCUCAUCCAAAAGUUUGAAUCUUUACCCCACAAAAAAGUUGGAAACUUUAUCAAUCUUUGGGUUGUUGUAUUUGGGAAUCUCCGAUCUAAAAUGGCUGCGAUCACUGAGAGUGUGGAUUCUGGUGUUGGUGAGGGAAUUGAGAAUAGCUUGGUGAAACCGGAGGAGUCUGAUCAAGUGAAGAAACUGAAUCCUGAAGCUAAGGAGUUUAUCCCUUCUUACAAGAAGAAGAACAAUAACCAGUCUCUGUCUUCUGGUGAUUUUGCCAUCACUAAGAAGCAAUCUGGUGUUGAAGAAUUCUACAAAAAAGAUGGCAGCAGGAGAAGAAACGAUUAUAAUAACCAAGGGAGGAAAGUUAGGUUAGGUGGAAGAGCUUCCAAGGCUCAAAGAGAUGAUAGUAUUAGAAGAACAGUCUAUGUCUCUGACAUUGAUCAGACUGUGACUGAGGAAGUCUUAGCUGGAUUGUUCAGCAGCUAUGGACAAGUUGUUGAUUGUCGUAUCUGUGGAGAUCCAAAUUCAGUUCUUCGCUUUGCGUUUGUUGAGUUCUCUGAUGACCAAGGUGCAAGGGCUGCUUUGAGUGUCGGUGGGACAGUGAUAGGUUAUCACCCAGUUAGAGUAUUGCCUUCCAAGACUGCUAUUCUUCCAGUGAAUCCCACAUUUCUCCCCAGGUCAGAAGAUGAGAGGGAGAAGUGUACAAGGACCAUCUACUGCACUAAUGUCGACAAGAAUGCCACUGAAGAUGAUGUCAGAAUCUUCUUUGAGUCUGCCUGCGGUGAGGUUACUCGCAUAAGGCUUCUUGGUGACCAGUUGCAUUCUACUCGUAUUGCUUUUGUUGAAUUUGCCAUUGCAGAGAGUGCAGUUGCGGCGCUGAACUGCAGCGGAGUAGUCUUAGGAUCUCAGCCGAUAAGGGUAAGUCCUUCAAAGACACCAGUGAGAUCACGAUUCACUCGAUCACCAUCGACAAACUAGGAGAGAAACAGAACCGAAGAGGCUUUGUUGAUGAAGGAGAGUGAUGCAAACACUUCGUUUUUAAUUUGGCAUUUUAAUUAUUUUCUAGAUAUCUCCCAGUUCGGUAGUAUGUGGAGACAGAACCAACCAAACAAUCAACAUACUUUCUGAGUUCUUGUUCUGAUACUCAUUCGAGUAUUUAUACCUUCUUUCUCAAAAUGGAAGAUUAUUAGUUUCUUUUU